AUGUCCUACCCUUCUUGGUUGGCAGGCGACUUCCUGGUCGAGUCUUUCCGCGAGUUGCAUGGGUCGAACCAGUGGCGGGCCAACAAGGAGCUUAGUUCCAGACGUAUAGCAGUGCCUGCUCCGCCCUUGCAGUCUCUGCUGGAUGUCAGACAAACUCUCGCAUCUUUCCGCCAGAUGCUGCAGGAACAGAGCCCCGAUCGUGCAGAUCUUCUCUUUCAGGUAGACACGCAGAUCUUACAAGUGGAUGAACUCCAUCGGUCUUUGACUUCAGACACACAUACUUUCCAGCACCGCUCUAGUGUUACAGAGGCAGGCAAGGCAGCUAAGCGAGGUCGCAAGCAGGAGUACUCGACAAAAGCAAUUGUUACUGCAGUCCAGGCGUGCACGCUUUUGCGUGACUCGGCAGACUUGGAAAAGCAAAUGCGGCACUCGCUGCAACUGUUGCUGCCCAAUCAGUCGACAGAGCUCAGCGCUGCCAUAGAUCGUGGUCUGAUAAAGGCACCCGGUCCUUCCCAGAUCAGCCGUUGGCGCCUUGCUGUCGAUGUUGGGUUCAUGUUUGUGAUGCGAUCCUUGUUUAGGGAGACUCGCGGCCGCGCUGUACGUUGUUUCUUGGUGGAUAGCAGCCCCCAACGGGGUUUUGACUGGGUCCUCAGUGAGGCGCACAGCCUGUCGCCCAGUGAUUUCUCGCAGUGGGUCCAGAACCAAUGGCGCAUGAUCGAGACACGUUCCCAUUUUCAGCGUUUGACUGUUGCCUGUGAGUCUGCUGCUGGCCGUGCGCAGGACCAUGACUUGCUUGAUUUGCAGGAGCAGCUUCGCCAAGUUCAGCAGGAGCGUGAAGAUGUGCAGCGCAUUUUGGAUUCUCUGGGCAGCGUGCGGCAUCCUACAGUAGACAUACACCUCUGCCCACCGUCAGCCCAGGGCAGUCAGCGAGCUCAGUUGGUCCACAAAGUCCAUGCGCUUCUCCACACCCUUAGAUUAGAAGUGGGCGAGUGGCAUGAAGUUGCUGAAUAUCUUUCCACUGUGCGUGCCGUCACGACAGACUUUGGCACAGAGUCAGGAUUGUGUGAUGUGGAGAAUGUUGACAUCUCGUUGCUGUUUCCGUGGGCGCAAAACGCACUUGAUUUUGAAAGGGCCCCGGCCCCGGCCUGCGAAGAUGAGGACGUGGCUCUGCAGGGGAACGCGUGUCUUGUCAACGGCACUCCUUUCCUGCAGGUUCGCGAGGGCAAAAUUGUAAUGCCGAAACUUUUUCCAUUGGCUGUGCAGGUUCCUGGUGCCUUGCAUAUCUUGCACCACUCUGUCGAGGAAUUGACUUCCGCCUUUGAUGCUUACGAAUCCUGGUUCCUGCCCGGCCUUAAAGCUGUCAACAAGGUUUUUUCCAAGAAGCAUGUUCGUGAGCGUUUCAUUGCAGAAAUUUUGCGUGGCAGUGAAGCCAGUUCAUUUGAGACAGCUGUGCAGCAGUUGCAACUCAAUCUGCAUGAGGCCCGAUGGGGCACCUUAAUCACGACAUGCAAGGAACUGCUGUCCAUUCGUUUGGUUUUCGUGUAUUGGGACUUGUCAAAGGUUCUGGGUGGUGCACCUGGCCCGGAUGCCACAGACGAAGACAGGGAUUCGUUUGCAGAUGGUUCCAAGAUGUCGGAGGCUGUGAGCAGCCCCUGCUGGUGGGAAUACUUGUGCAUGAUCAUACGCCUGGGUCGUGUUGUAGAUCACUUGGAGCAUUGGUUUGAGGCCUGCCCCUGUCACUAUCGCACCGUGCCAGAAUCAGCCUCGCUUUCAGGCAACACCAUCUUUCGCACCCGCUACUCCUGCCCUUUAGCAGGGCGCAGGGCGCCUGAACUCGCUGCAGGGGCAUUGGACGACGUUGUUCAGCAAACCUUGCAGACGCAGCAUGCUGAGCUUCUCAUGGCGUGUUCGUCGUUGCCUUCAGAAGACCGGGACACUGUACUGAAGGAUUAUGCAUCGGCGCAGGCUAAGUUGGAGAACUAUUUGGCCAUCAAGUUUGCUUUUUGGAAAGCCUUGCCUCACUGUCUUCUUGUAUUGGGUCAUCACAGUGAGCAUGUAGCGCGUUCCUCUUUGACGCAGGCAAAGCAGCUAUACGAUGAGCGUCGGGACAGUGACAAACACCAUGCUCUGACGAAGCAUUUUUUUGAAAGUGAUUUCUCUGUGCAGCUCGAUGCCUUCUUGUCUGGUUCCACUUCCCGCUGUGAUUCUUGUGAUUUAGCCAGGGAAGCAGCUGCGGCUGCUUUUGUAUCCUGUGUCGAAAGGAGCAUUGAGGCCAGGCAUGCAUUGCUCAAGGCCAAGACUGCGUUGAUGAAGAAAAUGUUGCCAUCCACCUUUUCUGUGGCUGUCCGCUCGCAUGAGUUCAACAGGAGAUGCUUUCAAGACCUGCCUUUGCUUGAAGAAUGGCAGCGACAUGUCAAAAGGCUGAAGGUCAACCCUCGCAAAGGCCUGCCACAUGUGCUGCUGCAUUUGGGCAUGUCCUGUCACCCAGAUGUCGUGAGACUUGCGAGCUUGGACAGCAAAGUCAAGCUUCGGCACGCUUCAAACAUUGUGUACCAUUGUGACCUUGAGACUCAGUAUGACAAGCGUGCUGAAGCAGCCAGGGCAUUGAAACAGCCGCAGUACCGGAGCAAUCCUGACGCCGCGCCCAAGCUGCGCCAACUUGUUUCUCAGCAAGCCACUGAAGAAGAGAAACAAUCUAUGAUGCUGCGCAUUCUGAUGCAGGAACAUUUCCGUCGUCACUGUCAGGAAGGUCAGAUCUACUCUGUCACUGGCACGUUGCCGCCUACACGCUCCGUGCUGCAAGCUUUGCUGCCACGUGCGGACGCAAGCGCAGCCGUAGCCGAACAUGUGCCUCAGCAGAUGUUCUCGGCGCCCGAUCCAGAACCUCAUGUCUUGCAAGUUGGCCAACCCGAGCCCCGUGACGACUUGAAUCCCCUGGCCAUGGCCGAAAUCGCAGAACCCAAUGAGCCCACCGUCUUCGUGCAGGCAGGGCAUAGAGUGGUGAAGAAAAACCCUGCCGGGUUGCGUCGAGUCAAGGCUGGAGAUGCCUAUGCCAAGCAGAUGGGCCACUUAGAUGUUGCUGUGGCCGUGCGUGUUUCCCAGCCUGGUGGCACACUCCAGAGCGCUCUUGUGGAUCUGCUGCCUGAAAGAGGUCCAGAUGGCAGGUUGGGCCUCAGGUUCUUUGAUGCGCCGAAGGUAACCAGCAUAGCAGAAGCCACGCAGUGUGUCAGUUUGUGGACUCAAGGCUCUACAGGUGCUCAGUUCUCCCCCAAAUUCCUGCCCGGGUUUCCUGAAUAUGUCCGUGGCCCUGCCGGAGAGUUGGUGUCCCACAUGGCUCGAAUGGGUGCAAUUUCUGGAAGCAUGAAUGAGCAUGCCAUGCACAUCAGUCAUGACGAGGAGGGUGCCGCAAGCAACCUUGAAUCUUUGGAGUGCCUCCAGAAUGCUGGCUUGGCCACUGCCACGUUCUGUGACUCUAAUCAAUCCGCGUGGUUGCUGAGCGCAGAAGCUUUGCAACAUUGCCACUUGAGUAUGCGCUUGUCCAGCCCAGUUUCAGUGUUUGCUGUCCCAGACGGGCAGCCUGCCCUGUCGUGGACAAGGAUGGAGCUGCUUUCGUACCUGGACAGGCAACAUUGGCGCUGCAACUUCUUGUCGGAUGACCCCGAUGCCCGAGGCGCCGUGGUGCCGUUGGACUUGACUUUCCGUACUUCGGACGACAAGAACGUGUACGUGCUCAAGGGAAAGCUCUUGCAUCGGUACUUGUGUUGCCUGGCGUAUGCAGAUGCUGAGUUGCCGCUGCCUGGGCAGCCGGAGGAAAUCCGGCACUUUGAGAACGAUACCUACUACGGAAAGAUACUCGGCCUGGAUGCUUGCGCUGGCACUAAGCCACUUCCUCUGACAGACGGUGCCGCUGUGCCACGAGCAGCUUUUGCAGAGCCACAACAUUGUGUCAAUGACUUUGAUGAACUUCCUGAGCUGGAUGCAGGGCGCCAGGAUUCUGUACAGGAGGAGGCUGAGGCUGAGGCGAUUGAGGAGGCCUUGGAUCUCUUGGAGGACGAAUCUUUUCUUCAACGUGGCACGCGUCCUCUCUUUCCUUCUAUGUCAUUCUAUCCCUCUGAUGCUGAUUCUGGUUCCCCGGUGGGUGGCAUAGAUUGGUCCAACGUGGACCUGUCUGAUCUGAAUCUGCCGGCUCCUGAUGAAGCAGUCUCGCCUUGUAGCAGCGGAAGUUCCAGCAGCAGUUCCAGUUCCAGUACCAGCAGUAGCAGUAGCACUUCUGGAAACUCGGAUUCAGACAGUGGAGGCAAACCCGCGGCAGUGCCUCACGAUGACGCGCCAGUUCCUGACAGAAAGAGGGAGGCAGACUCAUCGCAUCCUGAUGCGCCGGCUACUGUCAGACGGCGCCGCGACGAGACCUUCGAAUGGAGGGGGUUCCGCUUCACUUUCAGGCCUGGCUCUGGCACGAAGAAGCCCUCUUAUAUGGUGCUUUGUCGAUUCCAUUCGCGGGCCUAUAACGAAACCAAGUGCACACGGACUUGCGGUUGGUCUCAGCCGGAGGAUCGUGACACUGCCAUCCGAAAGCUGAAGACAUGGUGCGUUCGAGCUCCUGAUUUCGCUUUCGCUGGCAGCAACCCUGAUAGGGCCCCACAUCAGUCGCAUGACAAAAGAGGCCUCGUUAUCAUGACUGAUGCAGAAUUGGACGCAGCACCACUGCCGGCGCUGCCGGCUCCAACCGACUGA